AAAGGAGGGAGAUCAUGUACGCCACCUUGUGAUCACCAGAGAAGCAAGGCGGUGGAGGCAGAUGGAGUUUCGAAUGACUGUGUUCCACUGGAGGAACAGUGGGGGUUGGAGCAGCAGGAACCCGAACAGGAGCCAAAACAGAGGGAGAGGAAGUGGACACAACCUGCAGCUGAUCCAGCUGGGAGGAAAGUUCCAGCAGACACUGCAUAAUUCAUUCUUGAUAGGCCUGCUGGACAUCGACUCUCGGUGCCAAAUACUGAAGUUGUUCCAGGAGAGGCUGCGGUGUCUCCGAAGAGCUCAUGGUCUGAGCAAACUGUGAAGCGCCUGAAAAGCACUGCAGCAAGGAGGUAAGAAUACACAAACACGAAACUGCAGGCUAACUUGUGACACCAGAUGUCGACUACUUGCA